UGUUCUGUGGAGUUGGCGCCAUCGCAACCCUCCGUGCUGCUCCAGCGCUUCCCGAAGAGUCGCUGUUCUUUUUCCCAGUGUUAGCGGGUUAAUUACGACACAAUGGCUGACAAGGAGGCUGCGUUUGACGAUGCUGUGGAGGAGAGGGUGAUCAACGAGGAGUACAAGAUCUGGAAGAAGAACACCCCUUUCCUCUACGACCUGGUCAUGACUCACGCCCUGGAGUGGCCCAGCCUCACCGCCCAGUGGCUGCCCGAUGUCACCAGGCCAGAAGGGAAAGACUACAGUGUGCACAGGCUGGUUCUGGGGACACACACUUCUGAUGAGCAGAAUCACCUUGUAAUUGCUAGUGUUCAGCUCCCAAAUGAUGAUGCCCAGUUUGAUGCCUCACACUACGACAGUGAGAAAGGAGAGUUUGGAGGCUUUGGGUCUGUGAGUGGCAAGAUAGAGAUUGAGAUCAAGAUCAACCAUGAGGGAGAAGUGAACCGAGCACGCUACAUGCCUCAGAAUCCUUGCAUUAUUGCCACCAAGACCCCCACCAGCGACGUGCUGGUCUUUGAUUACACAAAGCACCCUUCUAAACCUGACCCUUCUGGAGAAUGCACCCCAGACCUGCGUUUGAGGGGCCACCAGAAGGAGGGCUAUGGUCUCUCCUGGAACCCGAACCUCAGCGGCUGCCUCCUCAGUGCUUCUGAUGACCAUACAAUCUGCCUGUGGGACAUCAGCACAGUGCCCAAAGAGGGAAAGAUUGUGGAUGCCAAGACCAUCUUCACAGGCCACACUGCUGUGGUGGAGGAUGUUUCCUGGCACCUGCUUCACGAGUCACUCUUUGGCUCUGUGGCCGAUGACCAGAAACUCAUGAUCUGGGACACGCGGUCCAACAACACUUCCAAGCCCAGUCAUGCUGUGGAUGCCCACACAGCCGAGGUCAACUGCCUAUCCUUCAAUCCCUACAGCGAGUUCAUCCUGGCCACUGGCUCAGCAGAUAAGACGGUGGCUCUUUGGGACCUGAGGAACCUGAAACUGAAGCUGCACUCAUUUGAGUCUCACAAGGACGAAAUAUUCCAGGUUCAGUGGUCGCCUCAUAAUGAAACCAUCCUGGCCUCCAGCGGCACCGACAGGAGGCUCAACGUGUGGGACCUCAGCAAGAUCGGAGAGGAACAGUCACCAGAAGAUGCUGAGGAUGGUCCUCCUGAGCUGCUGUUUAUCCACGGCGGACACACAGCGAAGAUCUCAGACUUCUCUUGGAACCCCAACGAGCCGUGGGUGAUCUGCUCUGUAUCAGAGGACAACAUCAUGCAAGUCUGGCAGAUGGCUGAAAAUAUCUACAACGAUGAGGACCCAGAAGGUGCUGCAGAUUCAGAGGUCCAGGCAUGAGUCUCCACGUCUCUUCAUUCGACCUGCUUGUUAAAAAUUCAUUUCCAGUGUUGGGUGCACAAUCUGUGGUGUCUUUUUAC